AUGGCAAUUUGGCAUAUGGGUUCCCAACUCAUGCACAGCAGUCAGGAGGUACCGCGUGUGAGUAUCAAGAUAUUCCUCAAGGUUGGCUAUUACUUCCACCUCGCCGGUUCCCAGAUUCAGUUUAGAAGACAAAUCCUUGCACAAAUCGCAGAAACCCAGCUUCCUCAAAGAUUGUCCCAUUCGCCACGAACAACCCUCGAGGAAGAAAUUCCCGGCGGCAGCGGCGAACUCGUAGGUUGUAUCAUCAUCAACGCAUCAUCAAAAAAGAUCUGCCUCUUCCUCGAAGACACCUCAGAUUUGAUUGAUUCAGAAGAGAGACUAUCAAUCCCCAAGUGUCGUCAAGCACCUAGUGAGGGUAUCAAGCAGGCCGCCAUCCGUGCGGGGGAAAUGACGGGAAACAAAUGCUACCUUUUACCAAUCGGAGGGGAUGAAAUCUCUGCAUACUCAGGAUUUUACGUUCAUCCUAAGGAUAUGGGGGCUAUAGCGGCCGAGUCAAGUGCUCCACCGGCUGGACAGCAAGUCGAAGGUAUCAGAUGGUUUAUUGCGGCAAUCGAUGAAAAACGUCAAAUGAUUAAAACGCGCGAAGAGAUGAAGGCAAGGAGGCGUUCAAAAGUUCAGGAACCUAGAGGACAUAUAUGGGUGCGAUAUCAGUCCGUACUCAACAGACUGUCAGAUACUGAUAGAGAUGCCCUUGAGGCAGCAAUUGAUGCGACAAGAUUAGACUGGCCGAUUUUACUUGAUGGCCGUCGAGUUAACUAG